UACCCCAAGAUGAUUCAGCUAGUGUGGAUAAGAGCCUACAAGUAUUGGGCUGACCAGCUACUUGGUGACUGCUUGGGCUGAAUUCAGCUUCAGGAUCCACUGCAAGCACUGAAUUUUAUUGGACUGCAACCACAUGGGACAUAUGUAGAGAAGUCUCAUCUUGACUGUCCACUUUUCCUUUGAUAACUUCUACAAAUCCCCAUGAACACAUCUUUACAACAGAGGUGUGUUUAAACACAUUUUCAGGCAGACCAAAUGUACAAAUCCAUGCUACUGGCCAUAACAUGAGACAAAACAGCAACACAACCUUCUCCACAAGAUUUUUGCAAUCUUUUCAAGCAAACUUCACUGCCUAUUACUUUGUUUGUCCCUUUAGCAGACCAUCUUGCUUUGUUCAGACUCCUGAUGUUCUGUUCUUGCAUGGCACUCAAGAAAACAUGAGUUCUGUGAGGAUAGGCAGAGAGAAAAGACCAAAAAAGAAGAACCUGAAGGAACUUACAGGAGGCUGAGUAAAAACAGCAACUGCAUAUGGAAUAGCUGUGGGAUAGCAGCCAGGAAAGGAAGAAGGAAUGUCCUGGCCCCAGCUGCUACUUUCUUUCCUCUCUGGCAGGGAUGGGCUGUUGGGUACAGCCAGUCCCACACUCAAGAGAUGGGCACCUCUGGACUUGGGCAUCACAAGCAAAUCACAGCCUCAGAGAGGAGUUUUGAACAACUAAAAAAAGGGCAAUAAAACUUGACAAAAAUUUGUAUUGGCCCACCUAAUUUCUGUGAUGUAAGAACCACAGUCACACCACAUGCUCACUGCCACUCAAAGAAACACAGUCCCUUACAGCCCCUCCCAGCCCUCUCCCACCACACACAGCAGACUGAGCCCUCCAAGAAGAAUGCAUGCUUUUCCUCAUUAGUGAAGCCUUCUCUUUCUGAUAGAUUGCAUGUGAACAUGCUGUGAUGUACACCUCUGUCCUAGAAAAAGGACUGGAAAAAUUUUACCUGCACAAGUUAAAUCAUAGAAUUCUUGUGGCAAGCUGCCUGAAAAAUUUAAUGGGAAAUUUGAAGGGUUGAAAUCCAGAUUUUCUGACCUUUUCAUAUACUGAUCAACCAAGGCCUAUUAAUGUCUCAAAAAAAAAAAAAAUCCAGCCUGAUCAUCUAAAGGAAUUUUAAAUGGAUCUUCCAUGUAGUAAAUUUAAAAACUCAGUGACUCCACUAUUAUCUUCAAGCUUCAAGUGGACACACCUGACUUCUACAGAGCUUUAUCUUUGUAAAUCCCUAUGCUAACUAUAUUUCUGUUGAAUGAUUUAUCAGUUUGAAGCAUUAAGAUUUAGUAUUUUAAAAGACACUUACAAAAACCAUUCAAGAACUCAAUUACAGGGCAACAUUUUUCCAAUCUCCCAUUGCACUCUUGAUUCCAGUGCAAAAGAUGAACUGUAAUGUUUGUUUGCAAAUAGGGCAGUACAAACAACUUGGAUAUGCUGCUUUCCAAAUAUAUUUCAAAGGAUGAAAAUAGCAGUCUUCUAAAUUAAAACAAUCUGCCUCCAUCACUUUAAACUUGGUUUGUCCAGCAACAAGAGGUGAAACACGCAAAGUCACUUUUAUUUUGUCAUUUUAACUUUCUCUGCAUUGUACAGAUUGCCAAUCCUUUUUAAAUUAGGAAAUUACAGAAUAAAAGCAGGUCACGUGCUGCACACUCAUGAAGUCCCUUGAGCCACUGCUGAGUGGUGAUCAAAUCUUUUCAGACAUUUCUAAAUGAGUCCUCUGGAAAAGACAUUAGACAAGUGUCCUUAAAAAUUCUAGGAAAUGUAAACUGAAAAUUGAAAGGGAUUUUCCUAAAGUUAGGUAACUUUGAACGAAUGGGACUUCACGGAACUCCAUAUGGCCAGGAAUUCUAAAGAAAGAGAGCAUGUAUUACUGGUAAUAACCCAUCUUUCCAGUAAACUCCCAGAAACUCCUAAGUCAUAUCUGGAAAGCCCCAAAACUUCUCCUAGAAGAGUCAGGAACAGCUAGUAUUCCAGUAUUUCCACAUAUAAUAAUAAUUAAAAAAAAAACAAAAAACAAAAAAAACAAAAAAAAACCAAAAAAACAACAACCAAAAAAAAACCCCAACCAACCAAAAAACCCCCCCAAAAACCACAAAAACCUAACAAACAAAAAACUAACCAACCACAAAACACCUCUAGGCUUUUUAACGUUAAAAACCCCUCCUGUGCAUGCCGCCCGGGGCACGUCUUUGGCGGUACCCAGUGGGAUCCUUGCAGCAGCCCCGGUGCCCCGCAACCCAUCCCAAUCUCGGCGGGCCGCUCCCUCUGCCCCCUUUCCCGCUCCGCAGCCCGCAAUCCCCACGGGGAACGGGUCACUCCAGUUCUUUUCGUUCCGUCCCGCUGGAGCCGUGCGGAGGGGCGGGCGGGCGGGCGGUCAGAGCUCCCUCCCGGGAGCGAGGCAGCCCCGGCGCUGCGCCGCACCUGCUCCGGGCGCGCCCGCGGGGCAGCAGGUGCCCAGGGGAAGGUGGGCGCCCAGGAAAGGUGGGCGCCCAGGGGAAGGCGGGCGCCCAGGGGAAAUGGGCGCCACGGGCGCUGGGAGCAGCGCGGAGCAGUGCGUCCGCAGCUCCCCCGCCCCGCGCUGUCCCGCUUCCUCUGUCAUUCCCGACCUGCCCUUCCCGGCAGCAGGCGUGCCGGGAACCGGACUCUUUUACUUUCAUUCUACGGGUGAAAGAUGGAAAAAAAAGCAAAACUGGGAAUUUCCCCGGCUGUCACCAAGGGUUUAAAAGGCACCGGGCAGCACCGCUCCGGCAGAGCAGGCGAGACGGCGGGACCGAGGGCUCGGAGACGGCGGAGCAGAUGAUUCAAUUGCUCAAAUUUUUUGGAGAUGUAUUUCUUUCCCACCAUCCUGAAAUAGAAUCAGUUCCUUUCAAGUGGUAUCUUCUAUGCAGACAGAAUCAGCAGAUCAUCAGUAAAGACACUUCCUGUGAAGAGAGGAAAUAUUAGUGUUAAGGUGCUGCUGAAAUACAGAUCUGGAAGAAGACGACUCAAGCAUACUCAAGGAAAAUAAAGGUUUGCAAGAACUGAUGCAUACAGUUGACAUCAAGAGAACAGAGAUCCUUUGGUGCAAAAGGAAGUGAACUCGCUAGUUACUGCAUACCAAAGAGGGAGAAGAGGAUUUACUCUUGGCUAAAUCUAGAGACUGAGCACAAUGGGAAGGAGCUAGAUAAACUAAUGGAUGAUUGAUGUGUGUAAUUAGCUUGCAAAUAACUUCAGGCUAGAUCCUUGAAGACGGCUUCUAACCAAGGGAAAAAACCCAAAUAUAUUUAUGUGUUUUAGUGUUUAGUCUAUGUUGUGGCAGAGAUAAAUAAAGAUUUAAAAAAUAAAAAGGUGCAGUAACAAUAUGAAAAUACUCUUGUUAGGAGGCUGUUGGAGAUUAAAUAAAAUGGCCAAUAGUAUUUUUCAAUUCUGAGCUGUAGCAAAGAUUUUCAAUACACUAAAGUCUGUCUCUGAAACUGACUUUUUUCUUUUUUUUUUUUGUUGAUACAAACACCUGUAUAUCUCCGAUAUAAUUAAAAGCAAGAACAGAUUUAGCAAAGCCA